ACUUAAAGGGAGGGGAGAGUGGCGGGGAGAGCGGGAUGCAAGUGGGUCUGCGGCGGCGAGCGGAUCAAAGUGAGUUGAGGCUGCGGCUUUGAUUCCAGCUAGCGACCUACACACACACGCAGACGUGUGUUGCAGCUGCGAGCUGGCUGGACUGGAAGCGGUGCCUUGCUGCUUGUGAUUUGGCUUCAGGGAGCGAGCGAGCACAAGAGCGGCUUCGUGAUGCACGGGCUAAAUAUCCACGUGGGGAGAGAGGGUCCUCUUGCGCAAUGCCCACGCCGCCAGCUCUCGGAAACCUUGCCCGUGCGCACGUGGUGAUGUGCGUCUCGUUCACCGACGCCCGUCCGAGAGAAGGUCGAGUUCACCGGAAUGCAGCCUUCGGGAAAGCUCUUCGCCGGGACGGAAUGAUCGCCAGCCGGGUGGUCUGACCGCAUCCUCGGCUCCAGGUUCGGGGGAAGAAGGGGGAAUGGCCAAAGCGCUCGUCAGGCUACAGAGAUUCCUGCGGCGUACGCCCGUCAUCUUUGCCUUUCUCCUCGUGGCCUACCUCAUGGCCGGGAGCCUGCUCCUGCUCCAGCGCUCCGGGUUCUCCAUCCCGUUGGGACAACGGGCUGCCCCGGACAACGGACAAGCAGCGCCACCCUCUGGCCCGGCCCCCCCGGAGGACCGCGCGGACCCCGACCCAGACAACGGCAAGCGCAAGUCCAGGGCUCCCGCCGGCGAGGAGGAGCCGGUCGCCAACAGGAAAUAUGGGCCACGGUGGCUUAUCUCAGGCCAUCCAGAAAUUGGGCAUCUGAGAAGGAGGUGGUUCAACAGCUUCGUGAAGGAGCAGGAACCAAGGCUACGGUUGGAGAUCGGGAUGGUGAAGAAGACCAUUGGAAGCAAAGCAACGCACAUUGGUUGUUUCAGAGAUGAAUCCAAGGAGAAGGCUCUGAAGGGUAUGGUCUUCUACGACUUUCGCAAGAUGACCGUGUCACAGUGUCAAGAUAGCUGUGCAGAAAGAAGUUACCUUUACGCUGGCCUGGAAUACGGUGCGGAAUGUUACUGCGGGAAUCGAGUAACGUCAGGCAACGCUCGUCAGGAGGAUUGCAACAUGGAAUGCAAAGGGGAGAAGCACACUAUCUGUGGAGGCGUGAAUAGAUUAUCGGUGUACAGAGUGGAAGACCUUCGUCCCAGCAGCAAACGAUAUAGGAAUGUUCUCUAUCGAGGCUGCUUCAAGGUACCGCAGAACCUCACGGUGGCCUUCCCUGUCCACUUGAGCCAGCCGAACCUGACUGUCGUGAAAUGCACGGAGUUCUGUACUAAAAAGGAGUUUCCUCUGAUUGUCAUCAGACGGACAGAAUGUUACUGCGGCUUUGCCACGUCUCGCUUCACGCUCCACGACGCUGUGGACGACCUUCUCUGCAGGAGGCCGUCGACUGAGGCGACAACGGGACACGUGGAAGACGAGAGUUAUUGUGUUAUCUACCAGACUGUCGUCCAAGAUAACAGAUGUACAGACAGGAAGUUCCUGCCGACAAAAACAAAGGCUCUGACUGCCCUCUCCAGCUUUCCUGGUGCUGGCAAUACAUGGGCUCGCCACCUGAUAGAACACAGUACGGGAUAUUACACUGGCAGCUACUAUUUUGAUGGCACCCUUUACAACAAGGGUUUCAAGGGGGAAAAGGACUACUGGAGAAGUGGCCGCACUAUCUGUAUAAAAACCCACGAGAGUGGGAAGAGGGAGAUCGAGACUUUUGAUGCCGCCAUCUUAUUGAUCCGAAACCCUUACAAGGCUUUGAUGGCGGAGUUCAAUAGAAAGCGAGCUGGCCAUUUGGGAUACGCAUCGGAGCGCCACUGGAAAAGCAAAGAAUGGCCAGAGUUUGUGGGCACCUAUGGGUCGUGGUGGGCCUCGCACACCCUGGACUGGCUGAGCUACUGCAGGAAGGUGCUGGUGGUCCACUAUGAGGAUCUGCGGAGGGACCUCCUGCCGCAGCUGAAGCGGGUGGUGGCCUUCCUCGACCUGGCCGUGGACGAGGACAGGCUGCUGUGCGUGGAGACGCAGAAGGACGGCAGCUUCAAGCGUUCCGGGCUGCGGCAGAAAGACUUCGACCCCUUCACGCCCGAGAUGAAAGGCGCCAUCGAUGGCUACAUCGGGAUGGUGGACCGAGCCCUCAAGGGCAAAAACCUCUCUGGACUGCCGGAGGAGUAUGUUCCCGGAUGAGGGGUUUGGUGCGAGGAGAUCACAAACGACACCCCCACCGUUUCGGCCUGGUUGUUCAAGACUGGCACCUGCCCUUCAGGAUCAGGAAGAAGGUAAAAAUAAUGAUGGUGCAUCACAGGAACUGGCCAAUGUGCCCUCGUGCGACGGGGGGGACUUGUGUGGAGAAGUUUUUAAAAGAAAUGUGAGACGCAAAAUGCUGUGGUAACUCAGCGGGGAUAGCGGCCUGUAGGCAAGGGUCUCGACCGGAAACAUCGCCCUUCCAUCCAUCUACAGAUGCUGCCUGGCCCGCUGAGUUACUCCAGCACUUGGUGUCUAUCUUCAGUGUAAACCCAGCAUCUGCGGUUCCUUUCUACACGUCGCAGUUGUGUUAAAUGACACAAAAUAUUCUGACCCAAGCCCUGUUAUCAUUGCAACUGGAUUUAUUUAGCAUUUAUACGUUAUAGGAGCAGUAUUAGGCCAUUCGGCCCAUCAAGUCUACUCCGCCAUUCAAUCAUAGCUGAUCUAUCUCUCCCUCUCAACCCCAUUCUCCUGCCUUCUCCCCAUAACCCCUGACACCCGCACUAAUCAAGAAUAUGUCAGUCUACACCUUAAAAAUAUCCAUUGACUUGGCCUCCACAGCCUUCUGUGGCAGUGAAUUCCACAGAUUCACCACCCUCUGACUAAAAGAAAUUCCUCCUCAUCUCCUUCCUAAAAGUACGCCCUUUAAUUCUGAGGCUGUGCCCUCUGGUCCUAGACUCUCCCACUGGUGGAAACAUCCUCUCCACAUCCACUCGAUCCAGGCCUUUCACUAUUCGGUAAGUUUCAAUGAGGUACCCCUUCAUCCUUCUAAACUCAGGAGCAGGCAGAUUUGAUUUAGUUUAGUUCAGUUGAGUUUAUUGUCACGUGUAACGAGGUACAGUGAAAAGCUUUUGAUGCGUGCUAACCAGUCAGCGGAAAGAUAAUACAUGAUUACAAUCAAUUGUCAAUAUUGAUUUAAUUGAUUUAACUCUUUCCUGGAUAUUUUUCCCCACAUGCAGUUAAACUAAAUCGAAAAGCAUUAUUAAGGGCCU